AUGCGCCACUUGCUGCUGGUGUGUGUUGCUGCUGCUCUCGGCUGCGGAGGCCCCUCUGCUGCUGCUGCUGCUGCUGCACCUGGCGCCCAACGCGACAGGCACAGGCCCCAGCAGCAGCAGCAGCAGCAGCAGCAGCAGCAGAACUUCGACGGAGACGACGGCUUCGACCUGUCCCUCGAAGACUUCAUUGCUGGAGGCGGGCUGGAAGAGGAGGAGGAGCAGCAGCAGCAAACCACCAGCAGCAACCCAGACAGCAGCAGCAGCAGCAGCAGCGGCUGGGGCGUCAGCAAACUGCUCGAUGCAGCAGAAGCAGCAGGAAAGGCCUUCGCCGAGUCGCUGCUCUCCGUGGGGACGCUGCAGCAGCUGCUGCAGCAGCAGGAAGAGCCGCAGCAGCAGCAAGAUGAAGAAGACCUGGAAUAUGAUGAAGAAGACUUGUUUGCUGCUGCGGAGCCUGCCGGGAGCUUGAGCCGGGUGUCUGCUGCAGCACGAGGGGGCGUUGCUGCUGCUGCCGCUGCUGUUGCCGCAGCAGAGCAGCAGACACAGUCGCUUGCAGCUUCCGUUGCUGCAGCAGGCGCGCAGGCGCAGCAGCAGCUGCAGCAUUUCUACGGAUCCGUGCUGCAGCAGGCGCAGGGCUUUGCUGCUGCAGCAGCAGAAACAACUGCAGCAAAAGACCUGCAGCACGUGCUGCUGCUGCUGUCCCAAGGGAAGACCUUGUCUCUCUCUGAUCCUGCAGUCCGGCGCUGCGCUGAGGGACUCUCCUUCGUGUUUGCUGCUGCUGCUGCUGCUGCAGCAACAGCAGCAGCAGACAAGCAAGCAGGCGGAAGCAUCAUAGCUGCCAUACUCAAGGCGCUCGCGGAGGGCAGCAGCAGCAGCAGCAGAGGCAGCAGCAGCAGAGGCAGCAGCAGCAGGGGCACCAGCAGCAGCGACAGCAAGAGGAGACACCGACGCCUGAGAACCAAACACAGGCUGGAGCAGCAGCAGCAGCUGCUGCAGCAGCAGCAGCAGCAACAGCGCAGGCGCCGCAGGCAGGCAGACCGGCAGCAAGGAGACACCGAAAGUAUUACUGCAGCAGUUCUCAGCGCCUUGCUGGCAGCAACAAACUCCAGCAAACAGGAGCCCCACGUCGAGCAGCAGCAGCAGCAGCAGCAGCCCCAGCAGCAGCAACAGCAGCAGCAGCUCCAGCAGCUGGAGCAGCAACAGCAGCAGCUGGAACAGCUCAAGCAGCAACUCGCGCAGCUGCAGCAGCAGAUCGCUGGUCAAAAGUAG